AUGGUUGGUUUAGUACCGGCCCUCCGGACUCCUACCCAGAGUGACCUAGGUUUUCGAGGCCUAUCUGCUACACUUCAAGAAAUGGUGAAGCUUGGAGUUGAUAUCAGCAAAUGGGAAAAGAGAAAGGGCAUCAGUUCAUAUAUCUUGAAACUGGACCUGGAACGUGAUAUGAAGCAGCACUUGAUGUUCCUCCAUCAUCAAGGUGUAAAACCAGAGGAUCUGGGACGCUGGCUCACCAUAAAUCCUCUUAUAUUUCGUGAAAGAAUAGAAGAUCUUGACUCUCGUAUCAACUAUCUAAGGGCGGUGAAAUUUACCGAUGGUGAAAUUGCACGUUUGAUAUCACGCAAUCCAUAUUGGCUGUUGUUUAGCACUGUCAGAAUUGACAACCGCCUUGGGUUUUUUCAACAUUUGGGUGGCCUUAGUAGAGGUGAAGUUCGUGUCGUCGCAGUGAAAGAGCCGCGACUGAUUACACACAGUCUUCAUCACGUCAAGAGAACAUCCAUUGCUGUUACCGAAGAGAUGGGCUUUAGUAAGAAUGAAAUGAAAAGUCUGAUAUUAUCUACUCCAAAACUAUGGAUUACUCAUGGGCCGUCAUUACUCCGAAGGUUUGAAUAUUUGCACAACGAAAUGGGAUUAUCACACAGUGUACUUGUAAAAUUUCCAAAGAUUUUACUGUCACGGGAAUUCAGGAUAAAGCAACGUCAUCUUUAUCUGAAGACUCUCGGCCGAGCCCAGUAUGAUCCUCACAAACCUAGUUAUGUGUCUCCAGCUUCACUGGUGGAAGGCAGUGAUACCCAUUUUUGUAGUGACAUUGCGAAAAGCACUAUUCAUGAUUACAACAUAUUUCUGAAGACCCUUUAAUUCGCUAUUAUUUAUCUGUGUACAUUUUGUCGCAAGAAUGUAGACGCAUCUCUUGUAUUUACAAAUAAUUCAGAAUAAAAAGGUCGAACAAUUA